UCCUCAGGGCCGAGAGGAAAGGCAAGGAGUGAGCUCUCCCAUCAAAACAAUUAAUAAGGAAAAAAAGCGGCAGGUCCCUGCGAGAACCGGGACAGGUAAGAUAAACCGGUGAAGCGGGAAACUGCCCGGAGAGGGAAGUUGCGGUAACAGAGGAGAAGCGGAAGCAGCAGAACCUGCGCCCCUGCCCCACCCACGAAGCCGGGAAACCCCGCCCUGCGGAGGGGAAAUAAACAAGAGCAAACCAGAGACCAGCCGACAGUGAGCACAAGUGACCCGCAGGCUCCGCAGUCCUCAGCCAGGAACUGGGAAAACGUGCGGGCUCCUGUGGGAACCGCCAAGGCCGUGAGCGAAUGGCGGGGACCCCGCGGAGACCCGCCAACAGCCAAGGGCAGCCGGGAGCGCGGGAAGCACCGGCGGGUGCGGCUGCCCAGGUCCCCGCCCGCGACCCGGGGCUGUGGGAAGACGCGGGAGCCGGCGCUGGGGACUCAUUUCACUUCUCUGCUGCUCUGUCCCACUGGGCCCCUCACCCCGAGGCAGGUCAGAGAGGACGAGGACGAAGCCCUCAGUGGGGAUCUGACCAACUCCUGCUGUGUUUGGGGCAGGACCUUGUCCUUGGCCCUGGCCGGUCAAGACUAGGGAGGGACUGACCUUCAGGUGAGCUGAACAAGCAGACAGAGCAGGACAGGGGCCUGUGGGGGGACCCUGACUCCUUGGGGACAGUGUUGUGUGCCCUGAGGCUUUUCAGGGACACCUGAGGGGGGUAGAACCACAAGUCGGCGCCUUUUCUCUGGCCUGUCCUUCACAGGGUACCUGGGUCUGGGCCUCUGUUCUAGGGAGUCACUGGGUGAUGAUGGGGAGGGGAGGGCAGUUUGCACUCUGUGGCCCAGUUGCUGGGCCCAAGUUUUCUGAGCAGAAAAGGUCUGUGGUUUGGGUUCAAUGGUGUGGGAGGGGAAGGGAGGAUGUUUUUCUCCAAUAAACCUCAUGGUCUAGCAGCACAGAGGCUCAGAUGCCCUGAGAGGAGCCAGGUCUAUCCUCCUUGGUCUCAGGGCCUAAGGGCUCACAUGGAAAGGUCCUGCUCCUGCUGUUGGGGGUCCCUGAGCCCUGCUCCCCCUGAACCCAGAGCUCCUGGCUGCCCUGCUCCUCUGUGUGGGCCUGGCUGCCUCCUGCCCUGUCUCUCCCCAGCCCUGAGGAGAUGGCACCUGCUCCUGCCCCAGCUCUGUGCUCUGCCUCCUCCCCUCCCUGCUGUUCCUCCUCCAGCUGCCCCCCUGGGGGUCCCCAGCUCAAGGAGGCAAAUUGCCCCAAAACAAGCUGGACACAAUCUGAGCACUUUUGAAGGUCAUUUCAGCUGAAACCUGGGAAAUAAUUUGACUGUCCCACCACUUUACAAAGUACUAAAGUAUAACCAACUUUUCCUAUAUAUGCAUAGGGAAUCUACAUCUCAAUGAAUGUCUGGAAUCUGUGCGGGAAAUGAGGGUGUGUCUCCUGAGCUAAGAGUGAGAUGGGGCCUGGGACCCCAGGAGAGAGGAGGGGUCACAUGGCAAGGACAGGGUGGCUCAUGACAAAGACCAGAUGUUCUACAAUGAUGUUUGCCCUGACAUAUAGGGAAGACAAUCAGCAUCAUCCUGCUCCAGUUACAAAGUCUCCAAGGACCUGGACUCCUUCUCCCCAGACCCCUGGACGGGGUGUGAUGCCCCUCACCCUCCUGCUGCUGCUCUGGGGGCCCCUGGCCCUGAUGGAGACCCGGGCAGGUUCCCACUCCCUGAGGCUAUUGCACACCGCUAUGUUCAAUGGCAACAACAACGGCAACAACGGCAACAAAGGCAGCAACGGCAACUGCAACGUCAAUGAGACCUGCUACAUCGCCGUGGGCUACGUGGACGACACGCAGUUCCUGUGGUUCGACAUCAGCUCUCCGAACCGGAGUGUGGAGCCGCGGGCGCCCUGGGCGGGGCAGGUGGGGCAGGAGGAGCGGGACGAGGAGACGAGGAAGCAACUGGAGAACGUUCAGUGGUUCGAAGCGCUCCUGAGGGACCUGCGCAGCCGCUACAACCACAGCGAGGACGUGUUUCACACCCUCCAGAGCAUGUGUGGCUGUGAAGUGGGGCCAGACCUGAGUCUCCUCGGCGGGUAUGAAAAGUUCGCCUACGAGGGCGCGGAUUUCAUCUCCCUGAGCGAGGACCUGCGCUCCUGGACCCCCGCGGACCCGGUGGCUCAGAUCACCCAGAGCGAGUGGGAGGCGCAGGGGAGGGCCGAGCGCGUCAGGAACAGUAUACAGGGCAGGUGCUUCCAGUGGCUCCUCAGAUUCCUGGAGUUGGGGAAGGAGGUGCUGCAGCGCACAGAUCCCCCCAAAACACAAGUGACCCACCACACCACCUCUGACCAGAAGGUUACCCUGAGGUGCUGGGCCCUGGACUUCUACCCUGCGAACAUUUUCCUGAUCUGGCAGCGAGAUGGGAAGAACCUGACCCAGGACACAGAGCUGGUGGAGACCAGGCCUGGGGGGAAUGGAACCUUCCAGAAGUGGGCGGCUGUGGUGGUGCCUUCUGGAGAGGAGCAGAGAUACACGUGCCAUGUGCAGCAUGAGGGGCUGCUGGAGCCCCAAGUCCUGAGAUGGGUGCACCCUCCUCAGCCCACCAUCCCUACCAACUCCACCGCCUCCUCCGUGGGCCUCAUUGUUGGCCUGGUUCUCCUUGGAGCUGUGCUCGCUGGAGCUGUGGUGGCUGCAGCUGUAAUGUGGAGGAAGAAGCGCUCAGGGGGACAAGCAAUCAGCUACAGUCAGGCUGCAGGCCAUCAUUUCCAUGGUGAUGAAGAUCGAAUAUAUGGAUGUUGGAAUGCAGUCUCAGAUGAAAAUUUUACCAGGUUUCAGUGUGAAAGAAAACCAGUCACUCCAGGGAAGACAAUCAGCAUCAUCCUGCUCCAGUUACACAGUCUCCAAGGACCCUCCUGGACUCCUUCUCCCCAGACCCCUGGAUGGGGUGUGAUGCCCCUCCCCCUCCUGCUGCUGCUCUGGGGGCCCCUGGCCCUGCUGGAGACCCGGGCGGCCUCCCACUCCCUGACGCUUUUCUACACCGCGAUGUCCUGGCCCGGCAAUGGCAACUGCAAUGACAACGGCCACGGCAAUGGCAACGGGGAGCCCUGCUACAUCGCCGUGGGUUACGUGGACGACACGCAGUUCGGGCGGUUCAACAUCAGCUCUCCAGGCCAGAGUGUGGAGCCGCGGGCGACCUGGGCGGGGCAGGUGGGGCAGAAGGAGCGGGAUGAGGAGACGCGGAUCCAACGCAACAGCGCUCAGUGGUUCCAAGCGCUCCUGAAGGACCUGCGCGGCCGCUACAGCCAGAGCGAGGACGAGUCUCACACCCUCCAGAGGAUGUUUGGCUGUGAAGUGGGCCCAGACCUGAACCUCCUCGGCGGGUUUGAUCAGUACGCCUACGACGGCGUGGAUUUCAUCUCCCUGAGCGAGGACCUGCGCUCCUGGACCCCCGCGGACUCGGUGGCUCAGAUCACCCAGCGCGAGUGGGAGGCGCAGGGGAGGGCCGAGCGCGUCAGGAACAGUAUACAGGGCAGGUGCUUCCAGUGGCUUCUCAGAUUCCUGGAGUUGGGGAAGGAGGUGCUGCAGCGCACAGAUCCCCCCAAAACACAAGUGACCCCCCACCCCACCUCUGAGCAUAAGGUCACCCUGAAGUGCUGGGCCCUGGGCUUCUACCCUGAGGACAUCACCCUGACCUGGCAGCGAGAUGGGGAGAACCUGACCCAGGACACAGAGCUGGUGGAGACCAGGCCUGGGGGGAAUGGAACCUUCCAGAAGUGGGCAGCUGUGGUGGUGCCUUCCGGAGAGGAGCAGAGAUACACGUGCCAUGUGCAGCAUGAGGGGCUGUUGGUGCCUACAGUCCUGACUUGGGUGCCCCCUCCUCAGUCCUCCGCGGGCAUCAUUGCUGGCCUGGUUCUCCUUGGAGCUGUGCUCACUGGAGCUGUGGUGGCUGCAGCUGUGAUGUGGAGGAAGAAGCGCUCAGAGGGACCCGCAAUCAGCUAUACUCAGGAUACAGUUGCAGGUGUUACUCUGAGGGAACAUGACUCCCCAGAUCCGUAAGCUCGCACGAGACAUUGAAACGGCAGAUGGCCUGUCCGGAUCCUGCAAACCAGCUCAGACUGACCCUGCGGAGAGACUCAGACCAAACACCGUGACCUGCUGCAGCCCUGCUCCAACCACAGCCCUGAAGCUGGUUGGCCUGCACAUGGCGGAAGCUCGAGGAGCAUCAUGGGGAAUGCUUAUGGGCCGCUGGGUUGGACCUCAGUGGUGGCUGCUUCUCUUGUUUCUCUUUUGUGGGACAUCACACUGUGCCUUGCUCAUGCCUGUCCUGGGUCCACUGGUUUCCAUUCUUGUGAUGCUUACCCUUGGGCUGUCUUUUAAUCUGGCCACACAGUUUAUCCAGUUGUGUUUGGAGGCUACUAAACUCCACAUGUUAGUUAGACAAUAUGAGCUCUUAGGCUCCUUUCCUGCUGCUUGCUCUGAGUCCAGACCUUGAAACUUCCUAGCACAUCAGUAGGGGCAUCAAAAGGGGGCAAAUGAAACAAAGUUACCCAAGUCUGCUGCUUGGGGGAGUCUACCGCUUUGAUUCUGCUGCUUGCUUAAGCGAAGACGUUGCUGUUGUACUGCACUGCUUGUCUGUGGUGGUAGCCAUGACUACCUUGAACCCCUUCCCUAACAAUAAAGAAUGCUUAUACUAUGAUGGGUGGGAUAGCAAGUUUCCUCAUACAAACUGUAUAAAACUUUGCCAUUCUUGUUUUGGGUGCUCAGCUCUUUGGUAAGCAUUCCCACUGAGCCCGCUGGUGUGACAAUUAAAUCUCUCUCUCUCCACCUCUCUGAGUGCCAUCUGAUUUCUCUGGGAAAUUGCUGUAACAAAACCACUUCAUGUCUGUGAGAAUGGCCUAUAUCAGAAAGCCCAGACAUUAACAAGUACUGGUGGGGACUUGUGGAACAGGAAACAGUUCUACAUUGUUUUGGUAAUGUAGACUGGUUGGGUUUUGAUGGAAACAGUAUCAAGGUUUCCGCAAAUAGCCAAAGCUCUCUUGACUAAAAAGAAGAAUGGAGGCAUCACACUCCCAGACUUCAAACUAUACCACAAAAACCUUAAUAAUUAAAACAGUAUGAUACUAGAACGAAAACACACAGACCAAUGGUAUUGAAUAGAAAACCCAGUAAUAAACCCACAUAUUUAUGGACAACUAGUCCUUGAUCAAGGAGCAAAGUAUAUGCAAUGGAACACGGACAGUUUGUUCAAUAAAUGGUGCUGGGAAAACUGAACUGCUACAAACAAAAAAUGAAACUAGACUACUACCUCACACCAUGCACAAAAACCAACUGAAAAUGGAUAUAAGAAUUCAACGUAAGACCUGAAACCAUAAAAUACAUAGAAGAAAAUAUAAGCAAAACACUACAUGAUAUAAACAUCCAUAACAUCUUUAAAGACACAACCCCAAAAGCAAAGAAAGUGAAGGAAAAGAUAAACAGCUGGGACUACAUCAAACUAUAAAGCUUUUGUACAGCAAAAGAGACAUUAACCAAAACAAGAGACACUCUUCUGAUUGGGAGAAAAUUUUUGCACAUAAUGCAACUGGUAAGGGACUGAUUACAAAGAUUGUACAAAGAUCUCACAGGACUCAACAAAAAUAAACAAUCCAGUCAAAAAAUGGGAGGAAGAGCUAAAAAGACUUCUCCAAAGAGGAAAUGCAAAUGGCCAACAGGUAUAUGAAAAAAUGUUCAACAUCACUUAAAUCAGGGAAAUGCAAAUCAAAACCACAAUAAGAUACAACCUUUUACCAGUGAGAAUGGCACAUGUUAAAAAAAUAGGCAACAACAAAUUUUGGCAAGCAUGUGGAGAAAAAGGAACUCUCCUAACCUGCUGGUGGGAAUGCAAACUGGUCCAACCACUAUGGAGAGCUGUGUGGAGAUUCCUCAACCUGAUAAAGAUGGAGCUUCCAUAUGAUUCAGCAAUUUCACUCCUCAGACUCUACCCAAAGGAUACCAAAGCAUUAAUUAAAAAGGAUACCUGCCCCCUAUGUUUAUUGCAGCACUAUUUACGAUAGGCAAGUUGUAUAAACAACCCAAAUGCUCAAAAAUAGACGACUGUAUCCAGAGAUGUGGUAUAUACACAAUAAAAUACUAUUCAGCGUUCAAAAAAUAUCAGCGCAUGCCAUUCUCAACAUGCAUGGAGCUAGAAGGGAUCAUGUUCAGUGAAAUAAACCAGAGAGAUGAAGAAAAAUAUCUAUUGGUUUCACUUACAGGAGGAAUAUAGGGGAAUAAAAUAAGUGAUCAUGAAAAUAAAUAACAGUAAUAAUAAAUAAAAAACCAAAAUUAGCAAGCAACAAUAAAUCAGAGACAUUUUGGGCCUC